AUGGCCACAGGAAAUACAAGACAGUCCAAGGUUUUCUAUAAGGGCCGGUCCGAGGACUUCGUUAUUUUCGUUGCAGACGUUAAUGCCAUGGAUAAAUGGAGGAAAGAUCGCUCAAUCCCACUGGCGCAGGUGAUGGAUGGGUGGAAGUGCACCGGCUUAGGCGAAGGAAUAAAUACGGGACCUGAAAGCUAG